CUAAAAAUCCGCAAAUUAUUUUGUGAAAUUCCGCAACUUCUUUUAAUUUGAAAAAAUGAGCGCUCAACCUUUACACGCGAAAACUCCUAAUUUCGGAGAGGAGUUGUUCGGACACACGAGAUCGCCUAGUAUGGAGUUCAAGGAGCUUACUAAGAAGGAUGCCCAGAUCUCACUCGCGCACGAACUCGAGAAGUUGGCGCGCACUGCCAAUACUGGAGAAAGAGAGGUGAUCGAGCGAGAUUUCGAUGGAUUCCAGCGCUUGUUCAGCAAGUUCAUCAAUGAAACUGGACCCUCCGUUCAUUGGGACAAGAUUGACAGAUUACCAGAGGGCGCGAUCAAGAACUAUAACGAUCUGACCGUCAGCACUGACAAAACCGCUGUACAGCAGAUGCUUAACAGUUUGGUUGUUAUAAAACUAAACGGUGGUCUAGGGACCAGCAUGGGUUGCAGCGGUCCUAAGUCUGUGAUUACAGUGAGAAAUGAUCUAACCUUCCUUGAUCUGACAGUUCAGCAGAUUGAAUACCUCAAUAAAACAUACGAUGCUAAUGUUCCUCUUGUCCUCAUGAACAGUUUCAAUACAGAUGAGGAUACAAUGAAGAUCAUCAGGAAAUACAGCGGAUUCAAGGUUUCUAUUAAAACAUUUAAUCAAUCCCGGUUCCCAAGGAUUCAUAAGGAAUCUCUCAUGCCUAUUGCGAAAAGUAUUAGACCUGAGGAUGAUAUGGAGGCCUGGUAUCCUCCUGGUCACGGAGAUUUUUAUCAAGCAUUCGCCAACAGUGGACUUCUUGAUGAGUUCGUUUUACAGGGGAAGAAGUUUUGUUUUAUCUCCAACAUUGAUAACCUGGGAGCUACAGUAGACCUGAAUAUUCUCAACACCUGCUUAUCCCAGAAUCACGAGUUCGUUAUGGAGGUUACAGAUAAAACACGAGCUGAUGUUAAGGGAGGUACACUCAUCAACUACGAGGGUAAACUGAGGCUGCUGGAGGUUGCCCAGGUCCCGAAGGAACAUGAAGAGGACUUCAAGUCUGUAAAGAAGUUUAAUGUUUUCAACACAAACAAUCUUUGGAUUAACCUUGACUCUAUCCAGAGGAUUAUGCAGGAGAAUACACUGGAUAUGGAGAUCAUCGUUAAUCCUAAAAGUUUAGAUAAAGGUGUGAAUGUAUACCAGCUUGAGACUGCUGUAGGAGCUGCCAUGAAAUGUUUUGAGAACUGUAUUGGUAUCAAUGUUCCUAGAUCCAGGUUUUUACCAGUAAAGAAGACAAGUGAUCUGCUGCUAGUGAUGUCCAACCUGUAUUCAUUAGAUAAUGGUUCUCUAGUUAUGUCACCUAAGAGAAUGUUUCCCUCAACACCCCUGGUUAAACUUGGAGAUAAUCAUUUCAAGAAGGUUUCCCCAUUCUUAUCCAGGUUUGGAUCUAUUCCUUGUUUGCUUGAACUAGAUCAUCUCACAGUAUCAGGAGAUGUUACCUUCGGUAGAGGAGUCAGUCUCAGGGGAACUGUAAUUAUCAUUGCAAAUCAUGGAGACAGGAUAGAUAUUCCUUCUGGAGCUAUUCUUGAGAACAAGAUUGUUUCUGGAAACCUUAGAAUCCUGGACCACUAGCCAGUAGCCACCUCACUAGCUCACUGGACCACUAGCCAGUAGCCACCUCACUAGCUCACUAAUAAAUAGAAAUUAGAAAAUAAAAUGUUUAUUGUCUAUAUAUAAUAUACAUGUCUUUAUAGAUCCCUCUAGCUUCAAGAAUACCCAAUAAAUCUUUGUUAAAACCAACAAAAAAGGAAUUUUCUUCGGAGAUUUAUACGUAAGUGUAUGAUGUGUCCACUAUGCAAUAAAAUAUGUUCUUUUUAUGCCAUAUAUGCUUGUUAAACAUAUUUACUAUUAUGUUUAUGCAAAUACCACAUAGUUUACAUUUUCUAAUUCUUUCAGUUUAUCAAACCAGAAUAUAUGAUAAUCUUGUUAUUUUA